CUGCAGUUGGGUUGUUCUUCACCUUGCUUUAGUUUAGCCAUGUGAAUGAAGGGUGUCGGUGGGAGUCGACUCUGAAAACCGGGAAUCAAACUCCCAGGUCCGCGCCGCUUUAGCAACUCCCAUUUCCGGGUAGACCCGCAGUAUGAGGAAUGCUGACGUCAGUGUCAGCUGUUUUACACAACAUUAUCUCAUGCCGGUAGGACGUACCUUCACAACAACAUAGAAUGUGAUGAAAAGAGGCAAGUUGUCCUCCUGUGCGUCGAAAACUGCAUAUCAACUAAGCAUUAGAUCGGGAGCAAGGGUUAGCACAACGCAGCCAAGGCUCUUCACUCCAGUGGUGGAUUUUCCACGCCCAGCUGUAAUCGCCUUCUCUCGGAUGAAAUCGUACAGCCAGCCGUUCAGAUAAGUUCUGUCCACAUCCAUGGUGGUGAACCCAGCUGAUGGAAAAGAAGGCUCUCAAGCAGCUCAACAUGGUCUCUAGGCUGCCCAAGUUUUCUUCCCGCAGCUCAGGCACCACCACGUCUCCCCUACCUCAAGGAUCUGGACUCCCAGUUCCCUCCUAUGAGUGUAAAGGUGGACCUGUAGGCAGGCAGAAUGGUUUAACACAAGUUCGAUCCUUAAACUGGAGAAAGUGUGAAGAGGAAACUGGAAAUAAUGUUCAAUGCAGUAGAAGCCUGGAUGAGGAAACUAGUGCAACUAUAGAUUCAGACUCCCCUUUAAUGGUGACUAAAAAACUUUCCCCUGCUGCUGUAGUUAAAUGUAAGAGUGCAGUUUCGACAGCACAAUGUAGGAGUAUACCACAGCCUACCAAAACCGUUUCCCGCAUGACUACCCCCAAACGCCUCUCCACAGGCAACACUAUAUACAAUGGCAUGGGUACUCUGAAUGGAGCCAGUAGUGGUAAUGAACGCUCUUCAGGGUCUGGUCUUGGUCACGUUUCACAACAAAAAAGCUUGCAGAGCAAACUGUCCCUGUCCAGUGACCGUAUCAAGUCUACUUCUAAAGAGAGCAUAGAGCGCUCUCAGAGUUUCACAUACUUUAAGAGGGGAGCAUCUCAUACUGACCCACCUAUGACCAGGUCUUUUUCCUUUAAUAAAGCUACUGAUCUUGCAAACAAACUCCCCAGACCUUUAGCACCAUCUCCAGUGCCUAGAUCACCCCUUAAUCAGCCGAAUCCAGUUUUAUCCAAAGGGAAAGUAGACAAAUUUGGUUUCACAAAGCCCUCUUUAACUGCUAGUGGCAACAUUUUGCCAGUAGCCACAAUAAAGAAGUCCCUAUUACCCAGCUUUUCAGGUAACAAAACGUCUGUGCUCAGUUAUAAACUUACACGUCCAUCGCUUAACAAACAUCCCCGUCCUGUUUUACCUGCACCUGUCCAAAAAGAAGCAGAAUUGAGUGAAGAUGUCCAAACCCUUACACUGUCAGCAGAAACCAGUUCAGACCUAACCAACAACACUGACAGCACUGAAACUACCCCUACUGAGAAUGAAAUUACACCAAACAUGACUCCAAUCGAAGUCAAGGAGUUUGAGGUGAGCGUGGGGAGCUCUUUGGAGAUUUUUGAGGAUAUGUCACUAUCAUCCUCCUCCUCUGUGGAGCACAAUGAUAGUGAAGAGUACAUGGAUGACUUUGAUAAUCUUGGGAAUGGAGGUGAGACCCUGUUUCUGCCUGUUCACAAAGAUGGAUUAGACCACUUAGGACUGUGUGAAGAUGAAAAUGGCCUAGUCACCAAGUGCAAUGAGGACUCAUCGAUGACCAAUCUGCAUGCCUUCUUAUCCGAAACUGUUGACUGGGAAGGGAUGGGCCUUACAGGUGGCAAAGAUAGGUUUGAGCAUGACUCGUCAUCUCCAGUGGGCGAUUUUCCUCAUGGCUCAUCUCUGGACCUGUCACCCUCAGACAGCUCUGGAGGAACUUACAUGUGGGAUGAAGAGGGGAUGGAGGCACUCGGAGGCUCUGGACACCCAUGUGGAAGCUUUGGCUCAGACCUCAACAGUAUGGACAUUCUCAACAAGCUUGAGAAUGUGGAGUCAUGUGACCUGGAAGAUGAUGACCUCAUGUUGGAUUUGGACUUGUCUGUAGACGCAUCAUUUCACAGUGACACUGAUGAAAUGUCGUCUUAUGAAUGGUCUGAAAAAGAAGGUCGGCCUACUCAGAGGAGGAGAUGGCAACAACACCGGGGCAUGUGUGAAAACAGAACUGGCCUUUUGCAGUCAUUUGACGGGUUUAGGGGACAUGGACUGGAGAGGUCAAGGUCAGACCAUGUUACACUUGAUGAUUUGACACUGAAUCUCGUGGCUCAAGACUGCUCUUCUGUCAAAGAACAACUGCUUCAACUGAUGACACUGCUUCAGAUGGAGACUGAAUGUUCAGUCGAAGAGACUUCAGAGGCUCUGACUCCACAAUCCACCGACCAGUCUUUACUUGAUGAAAAGGUGGCACUGCUCCUGAAAGAGAUUGAAGAACUGAGAAAUGAGCUCAGAAGCAAAGACAGGAUGAUCGCUGAGCUUUCCCAGCAGCUGUCUUCUCCAGUGGAAGAUAUACAGUGCCACUGCCUGGAUGGUUUAGAUGGUAACAAGUUGUCAUUGGAGCACCAGGACAAGGAUACUCAAACCCUGUGGAAGCCACAUAAUCUUCAGAUACUACAGACUCCCAGAUUCAUACCCAACAAGCUCGAUGACCAUGAUGGACUGUCAAGACCAACCUGUAAAGAUGCCUCUUGUAACAGUUUGGAUGCCAACCCUGGUAACCACCCACUGACACCCCAGCCCAGCUCUUCAGACCUACAAAAUCCCAUCGCUGCUGCGUCUACCCCUAAUUGUAUAGCGCCAACGGUAUUUAUAUCUGCUGAUAGCACUGCUGCCUCCUCUUCCAAAACUUUUCAGAGCUCUGAACCUGCUGAGCUCGGCCUCACAAGCAGCCGGCUCAAAAUCAAUGAGCCAGCAAACCUACCAGCUUCUGCCAGCUUUUGCUGUAAGCUAGAGAACGGUACACAAAAACUUCCUUUUAAAAGAAGCAGUUUUUCAAGCCCGCAGCCACCAAGCUAUAUUAAAAGAGCUUCGACACUCAUCAAGCCCCAGGAAGUACAGCGGGUCAGUGUGUUCACCGGUGCCCUGGGUAGGUUGGGAGCCACAGGUCCACCCAGAACAAGACAUCAACCUUUAUCAGCUCCCGGACUACAUUACAUUAACCCAUCCCAACAGACUAGCAUGCACACUACCAAUCUAGAAACAAAAUGUAACCGACAAAAUCAAGAGGACAGACAGUCUCUGUUUCUCAGAAAGAUAGAGAGCAGUUUGCCCAGGUCUCAUGCCUCCCUGCAGCCUAAACAUUCCCGCCUACCUAAACCACAGUCAUAUUCCGCUCAACCCAUCCCUGCUGCACAGAAAGGUCAAACAAUAACCUCCCCUGAUAUACCUUCUCAUAUGCUUUCCCAAUAAUAGAUUGGCUAAGCAAAAAAAAAAAAAAA